CGUGGGAGGUGGGCACUAAAAAGAGUUCACUUGAGCCACGCCCCCUCGGCCGUUCUCUGUUGUGCUGGUUCUCCGAAGAGUGGAGCAGUGUCUCUGUGGGCCGGGCAAAGUUCCCAGGGGUGUAUUAGAGGUGUAUACUGCAGAGGAGAAGGUGAGAAUUGAGACUUUGUCUUGUUCCAUGUCGAUGGCAGCUGAGAAUGCAGCCGAGGUGGCCGCUCUGAGAGGAUGGAAAGUCUACUUCAACACUGUCACUAUUGCUGGGAGGAGGAACCUGGCCAUUGCUACCUGGACUUGCAUCCUGGGCACUCUGUGGCUCAACAAGAAGAGAAGACAGCGCAAGGCACUCAGACAGGCACAGGCCUAGAACACUCAACUCCACUUCCAUAGCUAUUAUAGUGAUAAUAUAUCUCAGUCAGCAGCGUAUUGAAGUGUUCAAA